AUCCAAUGAAACCUAAACAACAAUAAUGUUUCGAAUUCUUUUAAUUUGUUGACACUUAAUCCAAGAAGUUUAAAUAAUACGAGUUGGUGCUAAAAUGAAGAACGAAACUGAGCCUUCAUUGCAUUUGCAAGACCAUCAUUUGACAACACCAAGUUCACAUGUGUCUAAUGCCAGGAAUCAAUCAAGUGUAAUAUCAAGUUUACGUCAAAGUGAUAGUAUCCUAGGGACAAAUUUAAGUUCAGAACCACCACGAAAAUCAGGAGCACGAAGACAAGAGAAGCCUCCAUAUUCCUAUAUCGCUCUCAUAGUGAUGGCAAUUCAAUCAAGUCCAGACAAACGACUGACAUUAUCUGAAAUUUAUACAUUUCUCCAGCAACGGUUUCAGUUCUUCCGAGGUGCUUAUCAAGGUUGGAAAAAUUCUGUGCGACAUAAUUUGAGUUUAAAUGAGUGUUUUAUAAAGUUACCAAAAGGUCUAGGGAGACCAGGAAAAGGUCAUUACUGGACAAUAGAUCCAGCAAGUGAAUUUAUGUUUGAAGAAGGAAGUUUUCGACGACGACCAAGAGGAUUUAGAAGAAAGUGUCAAGCUUUAAAACCGCAAUAUUCGCAAUAUUUCUCAGGAGCAGGUCCAGUAGGAGUUGGAACAAGUAUCCAACCUUCAAGUUAUGAUAAUUUAACAGCAGGAGUUGAAUAUCCUAAUGGAUAUCAAAACCAGUAUCAAAACUAUCAAGAUUAUGCAAUGUAUGGACCAUCUGCUGGAUCUGUUGCCGACUGGAGUUAUCCAGAAGCUUACAAAGCACCACCACCUAUUGCAGAAGUGACUUAUAAGACAACUGAAGUGACUUACAAGACUGGAGAGUCUUCUCUAUACAGAAAUAGCGAGCUUGCUUUCAAAAAUGAACCUUAUAUUAGAAAUCAAGAUCAAGUUGUUGCUUACAGACCUAAUGAAAUGCCCUUUCAACAUAAGGACCAUCACCAACAUCUCCAAACCCAAGAUGUUCCUCCGUAUAAGACAGAAAGUGAACAUGAUGGAUUGGUUAAUUGUAAUUAUAAAACUCCUACCAAUCCUUUAACUCAUCAAGGGAAUCAAUGUCUCCCUCAACAUGCACAAGAUUAUUAUUCUGGAUAUGGUCUUACCGGUAAUGGAGGCAAUGCUAAUGUUACUGCUACGAUGAGAAGUCUUCAGGGACAAACUGGAUCAUCCGGUGCUGUUGGGAAUAUUAGCUCUUCACAUGAAGAUUGCCAGAAUUCUGCAACAGAACAUGGACUCAGAAUUCAAUCAACAACAAAUGCAAGCUCCAAUAGUUCUGGAGGAUCUUUGGUGGAAAGAAAACCUUACAUCGCUCAUCCAUCAAAUUCAUUAGCACUGAACUCUCUAAACUCCUUGAAUUCACUCUCUUUAAGCAAUUUAAGUGGAUUAAGUAUACCCGGGACAGUUUCUUCCAACGUUCACAGUAGUUCUACGCCUUCGAGUAAUCUUUAUUAUGAACAAAUAAAGUACCCAAUAUGAAGAUUAUCUGAAAAUGUAUUGAUAAAAGAUGAAUACCUGUUACCAUUCAAUAAGUCAAUGCCAAAGAAAAGGUUCAUCUAAAACCUCACUAAUGUAGUAUUUAUAUUUAAUGCAUCAUUGGCUAUUGAUACCUUUAAAUAAUUAUUACUGAAACAAAUUGUUAAGCUUUUAAAGUAGAGAAUAAAUGAUACAUUUGUUCAAAUUUAUCAGUUAAUUAAUGUAAGA